CUUCGCCAAGCCUGACGAGAAUGAACCUGCAUGCCAUUCCAAGUCAUUUAAACAGGUUUAGGCUACUGUGCAUGGAUUACGUUGCAAACUAGGGUGGAGCUUUUAGAUUUGAUCAGUAAAAAGGGUGUAGCCUACACAAACCCAUACGGUAUUUGGACGCCUGACUGCUUCUAUCACCACUGUCUGUUCUGUUUUGUCGAAUAUGUUUCGCUGUGGAAUUGCGUAUCCAAGAUGCAGGUGGAUCGUACCACUUCUUUUGCUUUUUGCGAUUAUAUUUGACAUUAUUGCAAUUGCUGCUACUUCGGGGUGGGUUGAGGACAAGGACGCAAAGUCCCACUACGCAAGUAUGUGGAGUCAAUGCCGAGGUCGGAAUGACAACUGGGAAUGCAAAUCUCUCAUGGAAUUCUCUUGGGCCCAGGCUGUGGCAGCUCUUAUGAUCAUCGGCCUCAUCAUCCUUAUCAUAGCCUUCAUCAUCUCCUGUAUCGCUCUCUGCUGCACCCUCAACAUCAGCCUUCUGCCUGUCAUUGGGGUCCUGCUCUUCAUCACUGUGGUCCUUCAGUUCAUCGCCCUCAUCAUCUACCCAGUCAGGUUCAAUGACCUGAUCUUCGAGGGCCACUACGACUACACCUGGGCCUACGGCUUCGGCUGGGGGGCCACCAUCCUCUGCAUCGGCUGUGGGAUCCUCUUCUGCUGCCUGCCUCGCUACGAGGAUGAGCUCACGGGCCUCGCCAAGACCAAAUACAUCUAUACCUCAGCUUAGCGGAACCACGGACACCCCCAGGCAACAUCUCAAUAGUCUGAAGUGACUUCCCUUCUCCUUAUCUCCUUCCCUUUAUCUUCCUUUUCCCUUCUCAUCUCCUUCUCUUCUCUUCAUCUCCUUCCCUUCAUCUGCACUGAGGAAAACAACACAGGACAGUGAAAGCAAUAUAGUAGUCACCUACCAAUAAUUUACUUUCACCUGCUCAGGUUCUUUCAUAUCAGCCAGGUGAAGGAAAGGAAGCCCACUUUAGACUAUUGAGAUGCAGCCCCAGGCGAACAGAAGCACCUCUGCCACCACAGAGGACACUGACACUUAGACAUAUCAUUGGAGGUCACUUGUGUCAUUUCUAACAACGCUGAAUGCCCUCUCCGUUGGAAGGAUCCCAUAGAUGUGCCCUAUUUCCGACCCUAUACUGGUCCCCAUAUUGAUUUGAGUGGUCCACAUGUUACCAAGGGAGGUUGCCAGGUAUGGCUAUUCCAGUGGCCUUUUUUCUAUCACCUUCAAUGUUUUUCCACAUUUGAUGUUUGUGUAGAGUAGUUGAAGUGACUCAGAAGCAAUAUUGCAGAUUAUACAUAAAAAAUGUGCCUAAACCGCCAUAACCUUAUCCUUAAAUUAGUUGAAUGCAAAAUCACAGAAGUGCACUUAAUAUCAACGGUAAGGACUCCAUCCAAGAGUUGAUGGAUAAUGUCAAGCGUUCUAACCAGCUGAGUUAGAGGGCGUAUGCCCUACACACAAAGCUAAUGUAUUUGACUGCAGGAUUGUUGGAUGUUUUAAGAUGUCGCUUUUCAAAAAUGUAUUCACUUUAAUCCUAAUUUUAAUGGUUCAGGUAAUUUAUUGGCUAAACUGAAUUGUAAGUACAGUAGAGAAAAUAAACAUGAAUGUAUACUGUGUAUGGUGCAAGGAAAGAGGCAAGUGUUGAUUUGCUUUUAUUCGAUUAGUUUAAGAAUUCUGUUUCUAGUCAUUGUAUUAUGCAACACACAGCUGUGUUUUAAGAUUUUCUGUUCUUUUUUACAUGUAAGUUUUCUUACUCCAAGGACAAUGCUCUUAAUUGGCUAUGAAUGGGUAUUGCUGGACCGUGUUCUUGAUUGGGUAUUGCUGGACCGUGUUCUUGAUUGGGUAUUGCUGGACAUUGUUCUUGAUUUGCCUAUGAAUGGGUAUUGCUGGAUUGUUUUGUUGUGAAAACUAAAACAAAUAAAGGAGAAAUUCACAUUUGGCCUGGAUUCAAUCUGUAGAUUGUGGAUUCAAUCACCUAUUUCAACCGCGCUACAACGCUGAUAUUCGGCACUGCAGAUUGAAUGUCCAUUCCAUGUGCUGAUAAUGGUAACCAACAUGAAGCACCCAAACACAGACUUUUAGAAAUACAGUUCAUUCAGCAUUUGACUUAUAAAUGCUUGCAGAAGACAAUGUAGCGUCUUUCAACAGCAUCAGGUGAUGAGUCUGCUAUAGAAGACUUGUGUCAUGUCAUACUCGGACGUGCCUUCCUUUUUCAGAAUUGCAAAAUGUGUGGUUGACAUUGAAGGGGACAUUCUAUGGACUCAACCCAAGUCAUAUUUCAGUUGGAAUGGAAAAGGUCAUAUCGAUAUUCUGGUGAUAAUCUUUUGGGUUUAUUUAGUCCUUUUAAAUAUACAACUUUCAGCAGUGUCUUUUUAUGCAAUAAAGAGAUGUUUUUUCAUCAAGUUAUAUCUUCA